UUCCUGCACGCCGCUGUCAAAGUGUCAUUAGCCUAGCUAUAUUAGAUACGUUGGCAAUCUGAUCUAGCGCUGAACACGCUGUUUCAAAGGACUGCACCGCGUAAAGCAAAGCCUCUUGCAAGCGUAGCAGCUGUGACGUAAGGCUCAUUGUCUUCAAACUACAAUCCCACAUAAACUAUCUGACGUAGCAGGCGGAAGGCCAAGCAAUUUGAGACGCUUGAAGAUACACACAGCGCGGAGGGUGCGCACACAAAAUGGGCAAGGACUACUAUGCAAUCCUUGGAGUGCAGAAAGGAGCAGAUGAAAAUGAACUUAAGAAAGCGUAUCGAAAAUUGGCGAUGAAGUGGCACCCGGACAAGAACCCAGACAACAAGGAGGAGGCUGCCGCCAAGUUCAAGGAGAUCUCUGAAGCUUACGAGGUGCUGACGGAUCCAGACAAGCGGGAGGUGUACGACAAGUUCGGGGAGGAGGGGCUCAAGGGAGGCAUGGGCGGCGGGCCGGGCGGCGGACCGGGCGGGCCAGGCGGCUUCCACUUCCGGAGACCCGAGGACAUCUUCGCGGAGCUGUUCGGGGGCCGCAGUCCGUUCGGCAUGGACGACGACGACAUGUACGCGGGCGGCAGCUUCGGCGGCGGCGGCGGCGGCUUCCCCUUUGGCGCGUUCGGCGGCAUGGGCGGCUUCCCGGGCGGCGGCAUGGGCGGCAUGGGCGGGAUGCCUGGCAUGGGGCAACGGCGGCCAUCCGGGCCAGUCAAGGCCAAGGCCAUUGAGCACAAGCUCAACCUCUCGCUCGAGGAGCUGUACGCGGGCACCACCAAGAAGAUGAAGAUCAACCGCAAGGUCAAGGGCCGGCCGCAGGAGGAGAUCCUGGAGAUCGCGGUCCGCCCGGGCUGGAAGAAGGGCACCAAGAUCACCUUCCAGGAGAAGGGCGACGAGGAUCAAGGCAUCAUUCCCGCGGACAUUGUCUUCGUCAUUGAUGAGAAGCCGCACCCACGGUUCAGGCGCGAGGGCAACGACCUGUACUUCACGGCGGUGGUGUCGCUGGCGGACGCGCUGUGCGGCACCACGUUGCAGAUUCCGCACUUGGACGGCACCACGAUAGACCUGCCAAUCCGGGACGUCAUCCGGCCUGGCGAGAGCAAGGUGUUGCGCGGCAAGGGCAUGCCCGUCACCAAGGAGCCGGGCGCGUUUGGGAACAUGGUGCUCAAGUUCGACGUCAAGUUCCCGCGCGAGCUCAGCGACGCCACUAAGCAGCAGCUGCGAGCCAUCCUGCCCUCGCACUGAGGAGCUGCAGGCGGAGGCCGCCGCGGCGGCAGAGCCUGGAGGUGGUGGCGGAUGUAUGCGGAUGCGGGAGGAGGAGGCGGAGGGAGUGGAGGGAGGGAGGGAGGGGGUGGAGGCCUGGGCCCUGGCGGUAGAAGAGAAGAACAUGAUUGGGAGGUGUUAAACAAGCGGGACAGGCCAGACAGGUUGUUGCGUGCAGGGCUGUGUCAGCAGCAGUGGUGCCGCGUGUACUUUGCACGUGCGGGGUGCGGCGCGGCAAUCCUCGCAACUACCAACACUUUAAUUGACACACGAGGAUCACAAACGGGCUUUCGCGCAACUGCCAACGAACAGGGAGUGGUGGGGGAAUAGGCGGGAGUGGUGGGGCGCCGGCGGGCCAACCUGUCGCGUCAGGGUGCGAGAUAACGGUUUUGCUUGCCCCCGCAGAGUGCCAGGCGCCGCUAGGUUUUGACUGUUGUGCAGUGCAUGCAGCAGUUGACGGGGCGAAACCCGAGGCUCCGGACUCAGGUGUGGCGGAUUUUGCCAUGCCCGUGCGUCGGGUUUUGCGCCAGUUAGCUUAGGACGUGUGUCACUUUCCACGUCGGUGUGUACCGUAUCGUGGCGUAUCCGCAGCCUGCUCAGGGUUGAUGCAGUGCUUGAACGUGUGUUUUACCCAGCUGCAUCAGGCGCUGUUCAGGCGGAUGUACUUUUCGUGGGCAUUCGGCUGUGUGACCGGAUAUGCCGUGCAACUGUGCCAUAUGCGCCGGCCUGUGUUUAGGUUGGCGCAGGAGCUGAAGCAAGCUUGUCUUUGCUUGAGCUACUUGAUUUAAUCACCUAGCGAUUUCAGCGCAUUGACCAACAGAAUGUAACAAGCGGCAGAGCCGCGCCAGUAUUGUGGGCGGAGCCUCUAUGGCUCGCCCGCACGCAUGUAUGCUGGCUCCUGGACCAAUACCUGGGAAAUGUGGUUCUCCAAAC